UGAGAGCAGUGUGUGUGUGCACCAGAGGAAUAGUGAGUGUCACUGACACUAAGCCGAGCCUGGGCAAUGCUGUGUGGGACUUUGCGUUACACCUUGCGCUCAGCUGCCUCCGGCUGUCCCAGGAUAUUGCCCUGAAGCCCUUUGCCGCUCUUUUAUUCGUGCGUGAGGUAAUAUCUGGCUGAAACAUGAGGGAUACAGCAGGUGCCGGCAUGUGCACCCAAAACGGGACAAAGCCUCUCAGAUUUGUGAAGAGAAAGAGAAGAGAGAGGAUGCUGCAACAGGGAGCCUUCAUCUGCUCCCUUUUGUUUGUUGUGUGGUGCAUCUCCCGCCUGCUCCAGAGCACAGGAGGGGGCAUGUUUAUGAGACAAGAAAAGCUUGUGUCAGAUUGGAGGAAUAGAAAGCUUUUGGCAUCUGAUAAUGGAACCCAAGAUAAAAACUGCACUGAGCCAGCUAUUAAUGAGUUUCCGGAUGAUUUAUUUAGCAUUAAGGAACGGCAACGGGGAGCAAUCCUUUUCCAUAUAUUCUGUGCUCUCUACAUGUUUUAUGCCCUGGCUAUUGUCUGUGAUGACUUCUUUGUACCAUCAUUAGAGAAAAUCUGUGAGAAGCUGCAUUUAAGUGAAGAUGUAGCAGGUGCAACUUUUAUGGCUGCUGGCAGUUCUACCCCUGAGCUUUUUGCCUCCGUUAUUGGUGUAUUUAUCACCCACGGUGAUGUUGGAGUUGGAACCAUUGUAGGUUCAGCAGUAUUUAAUAUCCUCUGUAUAAUUGGUGUGUGUGGAGUUUUUGCAGGACAGGUUGUUCGCCUGACCUGGUGGUCCCUCUUUAGAGAUUCCAUGUAUUACAUUCUAUCAAUAAUGGCCCUCAUUGUUUUUAUAUAUGAUGAAGUCAUAGUUUGGUGGGAAAGUCUUAUACUUAUAGUUAUGUAUUUCUUUUACAUACUUAUCAUGAAGUACAACGUGAAGAUGCAGCGUCUGUUCACCAUUAAGAAGAAUGUAGGAAAUGGCUGCCCGGUAGGCAGUGAACUGCAAGAUGGUAAUGUGUAUAGUGACUUUAUCUGUGACGACCCUUCUGUGCCCUUGUUGUGGAAAGUAAAAGCAAGCCAGCAGUAUCACAGUAGGAACACGGUGGUGAUGGUGGAUGAGAUCAUAUGCUCCAGUCCUCCCAAGUAUCGGUUCCCUGAAGCUGGCUUACGAAUAAUGAUUACCAACAAGUUUCCACCAAGAACUCGUUUGAGAAUGGCCAGCAGGCUCAUAAUACAUGAGAGGCAGCGACUUCUCCAUUCUGCCAAUGGAAUGAGCUCCACAACACUGGAUGGAAAGCGGGAAUUAUUAGAGAAUGGAGGCCUACAUGUGGACAAAGAUGACUAUGAAGAUGAGAACGAGGCCAAUUAUUUGGUCCCCUUUUCGGUGCCCAGUGGUUGUGCCAACAAGUUCAAGUGGGCUUUCUCAUGGCCCUUAAUAUGUAUACUCUAUUUCACCAUCCCAAACUGCAGCAAGCCACGCUGGGAAAACUUCUUCAUGCUGACAUUUAUAACGUCCACGCUGUGGAUUGCCAUCUUCUCAUACUUUAUGGUUUGGAUGGUGACUGUGAUCGGAUACACACUUGGAAUACCCGACGUGAUCAUGGGCAUUACUUUUCUGGCUGCAGGGACUAGUGUUCCAGAUUGCAUGGCAAGUUUAAUAGUGGCCAGACAAGGACUUGGGGACAUGGCUGUAUCCAACAGCAUCGGAAGUAAUGUAUUUGAUAUCCUUGUAGGACUUGGAUUACCGUGGGGGUUGCAAACAAUGGUUAUAAACUAUGGCUCUACAGUGAAGAUUAACAGUAAAGGUUUGGUGUACUCAGUCAUUCUGUUACUGGGAUCUGUGGCCCUCACUGUGGUUGGUAUCCAUGUAAACAAGUGGAAACUUGACAAGAAAUUCGGUCUCUACGUGCUCUUCCUUUACGCCAUCUUUCUGUGCUUCUCCGUUUUGAUAGAGUAUAAUGUUUUCACUUUUGUCAACUUGCCAAUGUGCCGCAAUGACUUUUGAUGACAGCAAACGUACAGGCCAAAGUUAUAAGAGAUUCACUUUUUUUUCACACUAGAGACAAAACAUCAGGGGUGGAAUUUCUGUUUCCUUUCUGCUUAUUUGAUGGGAUGCCUGAGAUCUCUCCCUGCUAUACCUGGAUUUGUCUGCUCCACAAGAAUGUAAAGGAAAAUUAACCCCUUUAGUGCAACAGGGUCAUCAGGCAUUUAUAUGGCCCAUAAAGUACUGCCAGGGUUAAAGUCUUCCGAAGAAGCGGAAUCCAAACAUGCUGCUCUUUUUUUUUUUUUACAAGAAUCAAGACUUUUAUUGAUGGGUGCAUUUUCUUACUGCUUGUUAUGAAGACAUUUUAAUAACUAAUCCGCUGCUUUGGGUGUUCAGCAAUGGAACAUUCAUUUUCUGAGGGUGUUUAAGAAUACUGGAUAUGCUGCACAAAUGUAGUCUCUACAUGUUUACCUACUGGAAGUAUUUUUUGAAACAAUUGGCUGUUUGUAGUUGCAUGCAAAGGGACAAUGAUGGAGGCUUUUAAAUUUGCCCCUAGAAAACAUCCCUGCGGUGAAUUUCUGUACAAUUAAAGGGAUACUGUCAUGGGAAAAUAUGUUUUUUUUCAAAACGCA